CCUCCAAACACCAUCAGUAGCAAGAGAAAGAAAUUGACAAGACUCAGGUGGUAAGAAAUUCAAUCAAGGUUUAGCAAAAAAAUACUUCCGAAUUCUGAUUUCUUCUCGAGUGAUUGAAAGUGGUGGGUUUAAUGUUCUAUUUUGGUUGACUUCCAUGGGGAUUUGAGAGUAAUGGAGAAAGGGUUCUCUGUGUCCUCCUUAUUUCAUGAUUGAAAGUGUGACUUCAACCUUAAUUAUUAUGGUUCCAACUGAUUAAUUGUAUAGAGUAUUCUCUUAUUUGAUUCAAUUACGCAACGAACAUCAAUUUUGGUCAAUUUAGGUAUAACGAGCCUAGGGUUUCAUUUGGAAUUGGUUCCAAACCUUUAUAUUGCUGGGACAUGAUUGGAAUUAGAACUUUAAGGAUUGUUGUGAUACUUCUAGUCACUGUAUAGGGUAUUAUAAGCAAAUUUGUUGAAUUGAAUCAAACAUCUAUAUUUCAGAAUUAUCAUAUGUUGUUAAGUGACACUUCAACCUGAUUUUAGGACAUUUUAGAUAGUGAACGGGAUUAAGGUUCCUUCUUAACAAAUUUAUGUCUCUAAACAAUGAGGAAAACGUGAUAUUAAGUGUCCCAUUCCGAUUUAUACAUUGUAAGUUACACCUAUUUCAGUGACUGAUGUUCUUCGCUUACGACAGCUACAUUUUCAGCAGAUUUGACAUAUAUGCAUCUACUAAUCUAGUCUAAAAUCCUUACUGUUAAGUUGUAGAUAAUUUUCAACAACAAUUUCAACAUGAUAUUCGAUGGUUCAGUUAGGGCUAUGCCUUUGAAAUAUGUCAGCUUAUGUAUCAACUGUCAUGCACUCAUGGCAGUUUUGUUUCAAGGAAUUUGACAACUUACAGCUUGAGUUAGCCUUAGUUUUCUACGGUUAAUGUUUAGAGUACUUAGUUUCUAAGUGAACACACAAGAAUGGUUCUUAUAUGAUGAUUUUAGUGUUGUUAUGAAAUCUGGAAUUUUCUUGUAACUGCUGUGAGUAGGCAUCUUUAUGGUAUUUUAUAGGUAUGAUAAAGAUCAAAUUAGUUCAUGAUGUUUUAACGAAAAUUGCAGAGGAGAUUGUCAUCUUUCUAUGGAGCUAUUGGUUGUUUAAUUUGAAUCGAAGAUGAAUGUUUUAUGCACCUUGAAAUUUAGACCCUCGUGUUGUUUACAAGGGUGUUAGAAGUUGAAAAUGAAGUGAGUUAUAAUCAAACUGCAUUGUGCAGGUUGUACUGUAUGACUAGGUGUCUCUGAGUUGAGUUGGCGGAUUGCGAAGAUUGAGGUUUGAGUAGCGGUUUGAGAGAAUGGCAGACAAUACUGAAAAUCAGAGUUUGGAGGGUGGAUCUAGUCAGCAAAUUGGGAGUAGUAAUGUGGAGAUAUUAAUGAAGUAUAUGGAAGAUAUGAGGCAACACCAACUGUUAUUGGAAGAAAGGCUUGGAAUUUUGCCUCCAAGACAUAACUCAGGAGGUACAGGUCAGAUUUCAAAUCAAGGGGAUAUGAUUAUGCCGGCACAAAACCAGAAUCAACUUGGACAGUUACUUCAGCAGUAUUUAAAACUCUCUCCAGAGGUAUUCAAUGGCAGUCCUUUCAGAUCCCGAGAAGGCGGAAGAAUGGUUGCAAAAUGCAGAACAUGUUUUGGAACAUGUAUCCAAUGAUAGAGGUACUUGGAUUAAUUUGGUUACCUUCAAAUUUCGAGGACCGUCACGGGAUUGGUGGAAUGCAGUAAUGAAAGUGGAACAGUGACUUGGGAUAGGUUUAAGGAUUUGUUCAUAAACAAGUAUGUACAUGAUGCAGCAAGAUAUAGGAUAUUUUAUGAGUUCAUGGCCUUAAUAAAGGGUGGUAUGUCCGUUAGCGCUUAUAAUGAUAAAUUUACAAGAUUGUCGCGUUAUGGAGCAGAGUUGAUAGCCACUGAUGAGGCUAAUGCGAAGAAAUUUAUCAUGGGAUUGGAUCCCGAGAUGCGAACACAACUUUCAUGUUUACGAAUCAGGACUUACGAGGAUGCUUUAAAUCGGUCUCUUGACUAUGAAAAGGAAAUGGAAGAUCAGCUUGCAACAUGGAUUAGAGAAAGGCCGCAACUAUUUUCAACAAGACAAGAUCCAGCAAAGCGGUCAAUGUUAUCAGCUCCUAAUCAGCCAUAUUUCAGACCACCAGUAAGACCAUGGUCAAUGGGGUCAGCAUUAGUACCACCUACAGUCAGACCUCAAGGGAGAUUGGUGCGUUUCCAGCAAGUACGUCCGAUUGCACCAACAAGUACUGGUUCGAGUUCCUUCAGAUGUCACAACUGCGGUGAAUGGGGUCAUUUUAGGAAGGAUUGCACAAAGAACCCAUCAGCGGGGUUAGCUCAACAAGGAGCGGUGCAUGCAAUGGAACCAAUAAUAACUUCUCAUCAGGAGACAACAGAAGAGGGUCAAGUGUUGUAUUCAAUGGUAGAAGGGGAUGGUUCGGCGACCGAUCAAGUGGUUGAAGGUAAAAUAUUAUUAUUCAAUCAUCUAGUUCAUGUGUUGAUAGACACCGGUUCUACUCGAUUAUUUAUUAAUCUCAGCAUAGUAAAUGAACUAGGUUUAGACAUGACAUGUAACAACAAAAGUUUAGCUUUGGCUACACCGUUAGGGAGAAAGAAUCAGAUAUGCAGGGAGAAAGAAUAAGAUAUGCGGGCUCAGUAUCCCGAUUUGUUCACCUGAGGUAUGUUAGCUUUCUUUUCGAGGACGAAAAGUUCUGUUAGGUGAGGUGAUUGUAGCGAUCCUAUAUUUUAUCUUUUUCUUAUUAAAUUAUCUAGGCACAAUUAGUAAUAAUUGUGAUGCUUUUAGUUCAAUAUUUUGUGAAACCAACCAUACGGUUGGGUAAGUCUUGAGUGGUCAUCUGUAAUUUGCGAUUAGGGUGAUAAUUUUCUUACGUUGUACGCCUUGUGUUUAAUGAUUUUAGAUUAGCUUAAUUAAUUGAGAUAGUGCAAAUCAGGAAAUUAGGGGCUUAAUUUUCAAAACAGGUAGAAAUGUGGUGGGAUUCCUCAUUGACACGUAGAGUAGAGAUGUGGUGGACUUUCUCUUUGACACCUAGGGUCCACGUCCUAGUUUGGUUUCACCCAGGAUUUGUUUGUAAGGGAAGAAGAAGAAAAAAAGACUUACUUUUGUAGUUCAUGUCUUCCUCCAAACACCAUCAGUAGCAAGAGAAAGAAAUUGACAAGACUCAGGUGGUAAGAAAUUCAAUCAAGGUUUAGAAAAAAAAUACUUCCCAACUCUGAUUUCUUAUCGAGUGAUUGAAAGUGGUGGGGUUUAAUGUUCUAUUUUGGUUGACUUCCAUGGGGAUUUGAGAGUAAUGGAGAAAGGGUUCUCUGUGUCCUCCUUAUUUUAUGAUUGAAGGUAUGAUUUCAACCUUAAUUAUUAUGGUUCCAACUGAUUGAUUGUUUAGAGUAUUCUCUUAUUUGAUUCAAUUACGCAACGAACAUCAAUUUUGGUCAAUUUAGGUAUAACGAGCCUAGGGUUUCAUUUGGAAUUGGUUCCAAACCUUUAUAUUACUGGGACAUGAUUGGAAUUAGAACUUUUAGGAUUGUUGUGAUACUUCUAGUCACUGUAUAGGGUAUUAUAAGCAAAUUUGUUGAAUUGAAUCAAACAACUAUAUUUCAGAAUUAUCAUAUGUUGUUAAGUGACAUUUCAACCUGAUUUUAGGACAUUUUAGAUAGUGAAUGGGAUUAAGGUUCCUUCUUAACAAAUUUAUGUCUCUGAACAAUGAGGAAAAUGUGAUAUUAAGUGUCCCAUUAUGAUUUAUACAUUGUAAGUUACACCUAUCUCAGUGACCGAUGUUCUUCGGUUACGACAGCUACAUUUUCAGCAGAUUUGACAUAUAUGCAUCUACUAAUCUAGUCUAAAAUCCUUAUUGUUAAGUUGUAGAUAAUUUUCAACAACAAUUUCAACAUGAUAUUCGAUGGUUUAGUUAGAGCUAUGCCUUUGAAAUAUGUCAGCUUAUGUAUCAACUGUCAUGCACUCAUGGCAGUUCUGUUUCAAGGAAUUUGACAAUUUACAGCUUGAGUUAGCCUUAGUUUUCUACGGUUAAUGUUUAGAGUACUUAGUUUCUAAGUGAACACACAAGAAUGGUUCUUAUAUGAUGAUUUUAGUGUUGUUAUGAAAUCUGGAAUUUUCUUGUAACUGCUGUGAGUAGGCAUCUUUAUGGAAUUUUAUAGGUAUGAUAAAGAUCGAAUUAGUUCAUGAUGUUUUAACAAAAAUUGCAGAGGAGAUUGUCAUCUUUCUAUGGAUCUAUUGGUUGUUUAAUUUUAAUCGAAGAUGAAUGUUUUAUGCACCCUGAAACCUAGACCCUCGUGUUGUUUACAAGGGUGUUAGAAGUUGAAAAUGAAGUGAGUUAUAAUCAAACUGCAUUGUGCAGGUUGUACUGUAUGACUAGGUGUCUCUGAGUUGAGUUGGCGGAUUGCGAAGAUUGAGGUUUGAGUAGCGGUUUGAGGUGUGAACUUACAUUACUCUUCUAUAACCAUUGAUGACCCUUUUCAAACUAUGAUUAUGCACUUUAACAAACUCAUGCUUUGUUUAAUAUUGAUUUUCGAAAACUCUGUUGAUUGCUUUAGCCUUUCCAUUACUCGGAAAGGACCUGAAAUGUUUUGCUUGCUUUUAUGAAUGAUUUGGAAAAUAAGAAUUUCCAUCUGUCGUACAUAGGAUAAGCUUCUUCAUUUAUAUCUACAUGAAUUCAGCUUUUAUGCUUAUGAGGUGUGGAAUUUGGCACCAAUAUAAACUAAUAGGUGUGUAAGGAAUUGGUCGACACCAGUAUAUAUAUUGUUUGAAGAAGAAGCCUGUCCAUGUACAUGAUAGCAUAAUUACGUGAAUUAAUGGUGUUACUAAUGUCUGGAAAAUUUGCAUUCUUUUCUGAAGUUCAACUUUGAUGAUAAUAUAUGAGCAGUGUAAGUAUCCAUUGGGUUUGUUAGCUCACUCUUUCCACCUCCUUUAGUGACAAGGUAACAUUGAUGUAAGUGGAGUUGAUUCGGCCGAAGGAGAUAUUGACGUCUGGGUUGAUUAAGUGGACUUAACUUAUGCCUUUGUGAGAUCGUUGCUGGUCUCAGUGUUUUUUUGCAGUCUUGUAACUUUCUGAAGGUGCUUUCUUUUUUGUGUAUUUUGUAUGUAAGCUAGUCUCUAAGUCCUGAAUGUAUAUAAUGUUUAAUAGCAAACAACACACUGUAAAUUAGAUGGUUAUGUAUAAUAUGAAAAGUCUAGUUUAUGUCUUGGUUCGUCUUGGAUAGGUUUAGCUCAGUUUAAUAUUGUUUUGGCUUAGAAUCCUAAAUAUUUUCCUUAGAAAAUGGGGCGCUACAAUACCACUUCACCAAUUUUUUUGGUGCAGGAUUAUAUUCCGUAAAUCGGGUGGAAGUGUUUGAAGCAAACUCUUGUAUGUUUGCAAAAAGUUUUUUUUUUAAGGUUUGGAAGUGAAAGUCACAAAAUUGAUUCAAGGCUCCCAAAUAUAGUUAGGAGGGUGGAUAUAGUGUUUGGGUGUUUAUGUGGGCAACGGAUGUACAAAUGUCGUUAGAAGCAAACUUUCUUCUGUGACUUUUUUCUUGGUGUCUUUCGCAAUUUGUUUAUUUUGUCAUGGUUGGAUCUCCGUUCAGGUUUAUUUUUCUUGUGGCAUGAAGUCCUUUUUUUCCUGUUUCUGAUGGUGUCUACAGGAUUCAAUGACUUCCGCUGGCUCUGGGUUUCUUCUUGGUAGCCGUUGAAUCUAGUGGUGGAAAUUUUAUUGGUAGUAGUGCAACAUGUUGGAACGAUGGGGGUUGGAUGAUGAUGGGUUUCAUUUGUUAUUUUGUAACAUUGAUCCGCUGAUGUUUGUUUUUCUCAUCCACGCUAAUUGAUGCCUAAUGCAAUGUUGAUUUGGGGUUAGCCUCAUAUCAACAGGUUCGCUCUUGUAACACGUAGUUGUAGAAUUUAUACCAAAAAAGGUUAUAACUAUAUCCCAUAAUUUUG